GGCCGGCACACGCAGGCACCGGUGACGCGGUGUAGUCGGUGAAUCAGUCUGUGAAAGACCGUGAUAGAGGCGGGAUGUCGACGGAGAAAUUGAGAGUCACCGUUACUGAUAAUGAAUACGAUGGCGAUGAGCUCGUCGGGAACACCAUGCUGUCGAAAUGGGACAUCGUCAGCGUUACGAUAUAUUUCAUCCUCGUGAUGGCUGCGGGGUUUUAUUCGAUGUGUCGGCCGAACCGAGGUACUGUUGCCGGUUACUUCCUGGCUGGCCGGUUCAUGUGGUGGCUCCCGGUCGGCGCCUCGCUCUUUGCCAGUAACAUCGGGUCGGAGCAUUUCAUCGGACUGGCUGGGUCAGGGGCAGCGGCCGGCAUCGGCGUAGGGGCCUUUGAAUUCAAUGCGUUGGUACUACUGCAGCUCUUAGGAUGGGUCUUCCUGCCUGUGUUCAUUGCCAGUGGGGUCAACACACUCCCAGAAUAUACCAAAAAAAGGUUUGGUGGUCGACGCAUUCAGACAUACCUGGCGGUUCUUUCACUUAUCCUGUACAUCUUCACAAAGAUAUCGGUAAACUUGUACUCAGGAGCAAUUUUCAUCCAGCAAGCCACAAAGAUUAACAACCUCUACCUGUCUAUUGUGGUUCUACUGGUUAUGACAGCCAUAUGUACAGUGGUUGGAGGCCUUGCUGCUGUCAUCUACACAGAUACCCUGCAGUUCUUCAUCAUGAUUGGAGGGUCAUUUUACGUCAUGAAUAAAGGCUUAAAUACAGUUGGUGGAUACUCUGAGUUGCAAACCAAGUACCUAGCCUCAAUACCUGAAAAGCUGCUGUCCAACUCGACAUGCGGACUUCCUCGAGUAGACUCAUGGAGAAUGUUGAGAGAUGCAGACACCUCUGUUAGUGACAUGCCUUGGCCAGGUUUUCUGCUCGGCCAGAUACCUGCUUCCAUUUGGUACUGGUGUGCAGACCAAAUGAUGGUGCAACGAGUGAUGGCAGCCAAAAGUUUAUCACAUGCCAAAGGAGGAACAAUAUUUGCUGGCUAUGUCAAGCUUUUACCUUUAUUUAUUAUGGUUCUUCCAGGCAUGAUAGCUCGUGUCUUAUUCCCAAAUGAAGUUGGUUGUGUAGACCCAGAUGAGUGCUACAAAUUUUGCAACUCUCGUAUCUCUUGCUCCAAUUCUGCAUACCCAAAGCUGGUUCUAGAGUAUAUGCCAAGUGGUGCCCGAGGCGUCAUGCUCUCUGUUAUGCUCUCUGCCCUCAUGAGCGAUCUUACUUCUAUAUUCAACUCUGCAUCGACACUGUUUACCAUGGAUAUGUGGAGUAUUUACAGACCAAGGGCCAAACAGAGAGAGCAACUUUUGGUUGGAAGGAUCUUUAUUGUGUUUCUUGUAGUGAUUUCUAUUAUAUGGAUCCCAGUGAUAGAGCAGACGCAGGGGGGCCAGUUAUACAUCUACAUACAGGCCAUAGCUGCUUACCUUGCACCACCCAUUGCUGCUAUCUACUGCAUGGCCAUUGUGUGGAGACGAAUGAAUGAAAAAGGUGCAUUUUGGGGCCUCAUGAGUGGCUUUGUGGUGGGAAUGAUACGCAUGAGUUUGGAUUUUUACUAUGGCGAACCACCAUGCAAUGAAGAAGAUAAUCGACCAUUCAUUGUUGCUAAAGUGAACACACUACCAGAAUAUACACAAAAGAGGUUUGGGGGUCGACGCAUCCAAGUCUACCUAGCUGUUCUCUCCCUUGUCCUCUACAUAUUUACUAAAAUAUCUGUAAACAUGUAUUCAGGAGCCAUCUUCAUCCAGCAAGCACUCCGCGUAAAUAAUCUUUACGUGUGUCUGAUUUUCCUGCUGCUCCUGACCGCGGUUUGCACUCUGGUGGGAGGACUUGCCGCCGUCAUCUACACCGACACGCUGCAGUUUUUUAUCAUGAUUGGCGGAUCAGUGUUCCUGAUUGUGAAAGGCUUCACGGCUGUUGGCGGGUACGCGGCCCUGCAGACGAAAUAUCUUGAGGCCAUUCCGGAGAAGCUCUUGCCCAACUCGACCUGCGGGCUGCCUCGCACGGACUCCUGGAGGAUGCUGAGGGAGGCUGACCCGACGGUGAGCGACAUGCCCUGGCCAGCCUUCCUCCUGGGCCAGACGCCGGCCUCCAUCUGGUAUUGGUGCACUGACCAGAUGAUGGUUCAGCGAGCAAUGGCAGCCAAGAGUUUGUCCCAUGCGCAAGGCGGUACACUCUUUGCUGGAUAUAUGAAGAUCCUUCCAGUAUUUAUCAUAGUAAUUCCAGGGAUGAUCUCUCGCGUCCUGUUUCCCAACGAAAUCGGUUGCGUCGAUCCCGAGGAGUGUCUCAAGUUCUGCGGAUCGGCGACCUCGUGCUCGAACUCGGCGUACCCGAAGCUGGUGCUGGAGUUUCUCCCUGGGGGCGUGAGGGGAAUCAUGGUUUCGGUCAUGCUGUCGGCACUCAUGAGUAACCUGACGUCGAUCUUCAAUUCGGCUUCGACCAUUUUUACGAUGGAUCUGUGGACGUUAUGUCGACCCAAGUCCAAGGCGAGGGAGCAGCUGCUUGUCGGGAGGUUGUUUAUCGUCGUGUUGGUCGUCAUCUCAAUUCUGUGGAUGCCAAUCAUCGAGAGGUCACAAGGUGGACAGCUGUUUGUGUAUAUCCAAGUAAUUGCGUCGUACCUGGCACCUCCUAUUGCAGCCAUCUACUGUAUGGCUGUAAUAUGGAAGAGGUUGAAUGAGCCAGGAGCGUUCUGGGGUCUUAUGAUUGGCUUCGUGGUGGGCAUGGUUCGAAUGGGUUUGGAUUUCUACUACACUGAGCCUCCCUGUGGUGAAGAGGACCUGAGACCAAAUAUCAUUAGAAAGAUUCACUACAUGUACUUUGCCACACUGAUGUUUUGGGGAACGUGUUUCGUAUCCGUGAUCGUGACGUUCAUCACGGAGCCUCCAGAGGAAUGGCGGCUGAUCAGGACAACCUACUUCACGAGGCUCGACCACAGAGACCGUGAGGAUGACAUGGAGAUGAAAGAAAGAGUCAACAACGAGCUAUUGGAGGUGGCCCACACCAAAAGAGAAGCAAGUGUUGACGGAGAUCACCCUCAGCCAUGGUACAAGAAAGCGUACUAUUGUAUUUGCGGGUUUGACGUUUCAAAAGACGCAGAGGAACAAGCAGUUGCCAUGAACGAGCAUUUAGCAGAACUGACGAACCUUCACCAGAAAACGUGGGAGAAAUAUUUACUGAACAGUAUGCUGGUUUCCAUACUCAUAAUCGCUCUAGCUUGCUUUGUUUACUUUUCCAUCAAUCCCUUCACAGAGGAGGAAGUUCAUGACAUCCAACGGAGGAAGUUAGAGGAACUCGGUUACCAUGAUGUUCUUUAACACUUGAGUAAACCAAAACAGUGUGUAGAGGUUCGAUCCACGGUCAAAUUUUACGUGUGGAAAAUGCAUUUAUGAAGGCUGUGCAUUUAAAUUUCGGCUGUAGAUUUGAGUUAGAUUUGUUUUUUUCUAGGUCCAUUUUCUUAGUAAGAGUUCAGAUUUUUCUCCUAAUUUUUAUAGGAAACUUGUUUAAUAUGCAGUUACAAAGACUGUAUAUUAUAGUAUAUGCACAUUUUCAGGUUUAGGUGUGUUUUAUUCCAGAUGCAUUUAUUAAAAUUUUGUCACUAUGAUUAGUAUAAGCUCAGACAUUUUUUGUAAACCCCAGUACAUGUACACUUGGGUUCUAUGGUGUGCUAAAUAUUCUCAUCCUGAUUAAAAUUAUUUCCUAAAUUAACUGAAAAUCAAUUAGUUGUGUAUUUGUAUCUUAUAUAUCGGAAAUAAUAUUAUUUAGUUGAUAGCAUUGCACAUCUUUUUUUUUUUUUUUUUUUACUUUUGUUCAAUGUUUCUUAAGUGAAAGGUGGAAUCAUGUUUUAACAAUAUAUGAAUGUUCAAAAUAUGGUUUACAGGGAUAAAGCUCCAUGAUUGUUAAUAUGUAUGUACAACAGUGUGGUUGAACUGCUGAUUGGUAAAGAUAUUUAGUUAAUCCUUUAGUUUUAAGUUUUCGUGUUUUAUGAAAAAAAUGAUUAUCGAAAAGAUGGAGAUCAUUGAUCUUUGUUGAUUGUUACUGUAUUUUGUGAAAUAAAUCGUGCAAAGCAAAA